AUGGCCCGGCUGGGCGCGCUGCUCAGCUUCGCGCUGCUGGCGGCCGCCGUGGCCAGCGACUACCGGUACGUCCUGGAGGUGGCGGACGCGGGCAACCGCACGGGGCGCGCCGCGCGGCGGUCCUGGCUCGGGCUCUGGCGCGUCUGCGAAGGGCAAAACAGCUGCGUCCCCCUGAGCGACCCCUUUGCCGGCGAGAGCCUGGAUGCCUCCACCUCGGUGCGGCGCCUCGUCUCCCUCCACCGAGCUGUCAUGGUGGUCUUGCCCCUGAGCCUCGUCCUUGUCGUGUGCGGCUGGAUCUGCGGCCUCUUCGGUUCCCUGGCACAGAGCGUCCUUCUGCUGCUCUCCGCCGGCUGCUACUUCUUGCUGGGAGGUGCCCUGACCCUGGUGGGGGUCAGCAUCUACACCAGCUACUCGCACCUGGCCUUCCCUGAGACUGCCCACCAGUACGGCCCCCACGUCCGCAUCAGCUUCCGCUGGUCCGCAGCCCCGGUAGAGAAGGCGGGAGACCCCGAGGAGAAGGGUCCCUGA